AAGGCUUCACGUUUGACAGUGCUUCUCUCAUGCCACCACUUGCAUUCCGAGUGAUCGAGAAAUAGGACGUGGAUUUGUACCCACCCAAACCUACAAAAAUGAGUUGCUGUAGCCAGACUUUCAUUGAUUUAUUUGUGUUUAUUAAAAUGUUAAUUCUUAGUACGAAGUUCUUAUUUUCUGAAGCUUUUAGUUCGAUACGACCUUUGCAGAACCCUUUAAAAAGAGAAAAGGAAUAUGCUGUCAUCACAGGUGGAAAUCGCGGAAUCGGUUGGUUUACUGUUAAAGGGCUGGUUGAAUCUGGAAUGAAAGUGAUUGUUGGUUGUAGAGAUGGUCCCAGCAAAGAUCUACUGUACAAAUCUGUUGAACAAGCUGGGUUUCCAACUGGGUCUGUAGAAUGGAUCAACCUAGAUAUGUCAUCUAUGGAUUCUGUUCGAGCAUUUGGACAAGCCAUUCUUGAUAAGAAUGUCCCGAUCAGCCUAUUGAUAAACAAUGCUGGUAUUAUGUUUACUCCUUAUGCCUUGACUAAGGAUGGUUUUGAGUCUCAGUUUGCAGUCAAUUAUCUGGGCCAUUUCUUGUUGACUCAUCUUCUUAUGCCACGUCUUUUAACUGCUGGGACCAAAGACCAACCAGCUAGGAUUAUCAAUUUGUCAUCAACAGCUCAUGCUUUUGGAUGGUUUGAAAUUAAUGAUCUUCAGGCUAAAAACCACUACAACAAAAUAGGAGCCUAUUCACAAUCUAAAUCUGCUCAAAUUAUGUUUACAAAGGUCUUGGAUGAGCAAUUGUCCACUGAGAAUAAACCAGUCAAGGUCUAUGCAGUUCACCCGGGGUUUAUCAGAUCCAAUCUGUAUAGUCAAACUUGGUAUGCCAAAUUUGUUUCUCUUACAAUGGGUUUUAUGUUCAAGUCUGAAGAACAGGGUGCUCAACGUGUUGUUUACUUUGCCUCGUCACCACAAGUUGAAGAGUUGAACGGAAACUAUUUCGAAAACUGCAAUGUGGUUAAGCCGAUAGCGCUGGUUCGUAAUCGAGAUACCCAGAAAAAAUUGUGGGAGACUUCUUGUCAACUUCUCGAUAUUUCAAAGUUCGGUGGUUUGUAAUUUCCCAAAUUUUUUCAUUCAAUUUUCCCUGUUUUUCCAAUUUUGAUUGGUUAUAAUGAAUAUACUGUAUCUGGGAUAAUCAAUAAACAGAAAAAAUUUUA